CACCGGACGGGAGAAUGAUGAAUCCACCGGAGAAAGUGCGUAAAGUCGCAGGCUUUAUCCAAUCUCCGGCGACAACAAGUCUCCGGCAACAAACCCAUCUCUUAAAAUCACCGGAAAAAAAUCUCUGCCUCUCUCUCUAGCUGUCUCUCUCACUCUGUUUCUUCUCUCUCCCUCUCUCUCUGACUCUGAGAGUUAGUUGUGGAGAGGAAAAAGAGUAAGGAAGGUUGGUUCGUGCCUUUCUCCCUCGAAUAUGGUGAGAGUACUUAGCAGUAAUGGAGAGAGUAGGAGACUUUAAAACCUCUUUCUCUCUCUCUCUCUCUAUAUAUAUAUAUAUAUAUUGGCUCUGUCAAACGCCAUUAAAACCCAUCAGUUACGCAAUUUCUCAAGGAGACAGGUAGGGAGAGAGAAAGAGAGAGAUUUGGAAUCUGUAAUGAAUGUGAAGGAGAGAAAGGGAGCACUAAUGGCGGCUUCGGCUUAGGUGAGGCUUUGAGGAGAAGGCUGAGAGGUAGACACAUACAUAGAUACCUCUUUGUUCUCUCUCUAGAGUGGCUCUGUAGAACGAAAGGGAAAUAAUUUCGGCUAAGAAUCGAUUUUUUCCCCAUAAAUUUCUUUUUUUUUUGGAUUUUGGGGUUUUGGGUUCGCGAAAUUCUUCCUCUGUAGCAAAAACUCGGAAAUUCUUGUGUAUCAAAUCUUUCCAAAAAAAAAGCCCUUUCUCCUCCCGAAAUCAUUGCCCACAUCUUUUUCUCAGAUUCUCUUCCGUUUCGUUUUCUCCCCUUCUUUUAAUCUCUCUCUCUCCCCCUCUCGCUCGCAUCCCUUCGUUUUCAUCAGUAUAUACUCUUUGGUUUGCUCUUAUUAGAGGAAUCUGAUAAAUUUCGCUUUUCUUGGGGUGUGAAAGUUUGCAACUUUUUUUUUUGUCUUUGGGUGCUUUUGUGGGCUGCGUUAAUGGCGACAAUGCAGUGAUGGUCCAGUAGCAGGUUGUUGGUUGGGGGUGAGAGCGAGAGAAAGUCAGAGCGAAAGAGACAGUGAGUAAGAGAGACAGAAAGGGGGGAAAAGGUUAUUUCUGUUCACCGUUGCUGCUAUCGUCGGAACAUUUGUUGGAUGAAGAUGGAUUUCGUCGGCGGCGGUGGCGGAAGCGGAAGUGGGAGCGGCGGAGACGGCGGAAGCCAACGCCACGAAGGCGGCGUCGGUGGCUCCGACGCCGAGCGGAAGAAGAAGCGUUAUCACCGUCACACCGCUCACCAGAUUCAGCGUCUCGAAGCAACCUUCAAGGAGUGCCCACAUCCAGAUGAGAAGCAAAGGCUGCAACUUAGCAGAGAAUUGGGUUUGGCUCCAAGACAGAUCAAGUUCUGGUUCCAGAACAGAAGAACUCAGAUGAAGUCACAACACGAGAGAGCUGAUAAUUGCGCAUUGAGAGUCGAAAACGAUAAGAUUCGAUGCGAAAACAUAGCCAUAAGAGAAGCUCUGAAGAAUGCUAUAUGCCCUAGUUGUGGAGGUCCUCCUGUUAGCGAAGAUCCUUACUUUGAUGAGCAGAAUCUUCGUAUGGAAAAUGCACAAUUGAGAGAAGAGCUUGAAAGAGUCUCGGGUAUUGCUGCAAAGUGCAUAGGAAGGCCGAUAUCUCAACUCCCGCCGCUACAUCCGAUGCAUAUCUCGCCUUUAGACUUAUCAAUGGCUAGUUUAGGUGGUCAAGGAAUGGCAGGAGGUCCUUCACUGGAUUUUGAUCUUCUUCCUGGAAGUUGUUCCAUGGCUAUUCCGAAUCUGCCAUCUCAACCGAACUUGGUCUUAUCCGAUAUGGAUAAGCCCCUUAUGACCGACGUUGCAGUCACGGCAAUGGAGGAAUUGCUUAGGCUUAUCCAGACGAAUGAGCCUCUUUGGACCAGAACAGACGCCUGCAGGGACAUCCUCAACCUCGGAAGCUAUGAGAGUAUCUUUCCGAGACCAAGUAGCAGAGGGAAGAACCCUAAUAUUCGGACCGAAGCUUCCAGAUAUUCUGCCGUUGUUUUCAUGAAUGCCUCUGCACUUGUUGACAUGUUCAUGGAUUGUAUCAAGUGGGCAGAGCUUUUCCCGACAAUCGUAGCAGCCUCGAAAACCCUAGCGGUGAUUUCAUCCGGAAUGGGCGGUGCACAGGGUGGUUCUUUGCAUUUGAUGUAUGAGGAGCUACAGGUGCUUUCGCCCCUCGUGGCGACACGGGAAUUCUGUAUGUUACGAUAUUGUCAGCAAAUCGAGCAGGGAACAUGGGCGGUUGUUAAUAUCUCGUAUGAACUUCCUCAGUUCGUUUCCCAUUCUCGGGCUUAUAGGCUUCCUUCUGGAUGCCUGAUUCAGGACAUGCCUAAUGGCUACUCCAAGGUCACUUGGGUCGAGCAUGUUGAUGUCGAAGAGAAAGAACCAAUCCAUGAGAUGUACAGAGAAACGAUCCAUAGUGGACAAGCUUUUGGUGCAGAACGUUGGGUUGCCAUUCUUCAAAGAAUGUCCGAGAGGUUCGCAUCCUUAUUGGUGUCGGGAACUUCGUCCCGAGAUCUCGGAGGAGUGAUCCCAUCAGUGGAUGGGAAGAGAAGCAUGAUGAGACUUGCUCAAAGAAUGGUGAGCAACUUCUGCUUAAGUGCCGGCUCUUCUAACAAUAGCCGUUCAACCGUUGUCUCGGGAUUGAAUGAAGUUGGGGUCCGGGUUACUGCACACAAGAGUCCUGAGCCGAAUGGAAUGAUCCUUUGUGCAGCCACCACGUUCUGGCUACCGAUUUCUCCUCAAAACAUCUUCAAUUUCCUCAAAGACGAACGAACUCGCCCUCAGUGGGAUGUUCUUUCAAAUGGGAAUGCAGUUCAAGAAGUUGCUCAUAUCGCAAACGGAUCACAUCCAGGAAACUGCAUAUCCGUUCUUCGAGCGUUCAAUGCGUCGCAGAACAACAUGCUGAUACUGCAAGAAAGCUGUAUAGAUUCAUCGGGAGCGCUGGUGGUUUACAGCCCGGUGGAUCUAUCUGCAUUGCACAUAGCGAUGAGUGGAGAAGACCCUUCAUACAUUCCUCUAUUGCCGUCAGGAUUCACCAUCUCGCCAGACUGUAGCAGCAGCAGAAUCGCCACGGAUGAUGAGAACUGCGCCUCGACGAGCUCGGGAAGGUCAUCGUCGGGGGGCGUUGGUGGGUCAUUGAUAACAGUGGCGUUUCAGAUAAUGGUGAGCAGUUUGCCCUCUGCUAAGCUGAAUAUGGAGUCGGUGACAACGGUUAAUAACCUCAUCAACACAACUGUCCACCAAAUUAAGACAGCCUUGAACUGUCCUACUGCCUGAGAGACUGCUCCACACAAAAAAGAAAGCAAUGAUGGGUCCCUCUCCCUCCCUCUCUCUCUCCCUCUCUCUGUUCUUGAAUUCAAUGAUGAGAAGGAAGACAGAGGAAUUAAGUCUUCUUCAAUGCUGGGAAGAUCGAAGAGUCCGUGUUAGUUGAGAGAGGUUCAAGAAUCUUCGAUGCUCUUUGAUGGUGUUUUUUUUUUCUUAG